AUGCUACCUCCGGAUGGGCUCCAGGGGCUCAACGAUCAAGCCUGCUUCGACCAGGGCGAACUUCCUGUCGAUUGCCGUUCUCAGUCAGAUGCCCCGAAUCCCCCGAACGCCCCUGCAACUCCUGUCUCCAAAGUCCGUGCCUCGACCGCGAGGAGACGUCUUGCUCUGACAUCCAAACCCGUCAACACGCACCUAACGGAAACAAUACCUCGCCGUCUCUCCACUGCCGUUCCCGAGUGUUCGUCAUCAACGCCUCUACCAACGCCUUCGACGUUUUCAGCACCUCCAACGCCUUCAACGUCGUUACCGGCUCCUCUGCCUUCUCCUCCUCUACCCUCUCCUCCACUCGCUCCUCCUGUGGCCGCCCAUCAUCCCCCUAGCUCUGUCCGAAGACCCGAUCCCGGACUCCAUGUAGAACCUACCUCCCCGAGGCUUCACUCCCCUUUGCGUCACUCCGUGACCUUCUCCAACGACAUCGACCUCGCGCCUGAAUCACAGUUUCAAAGCCCUCCCGCCGGGCACGUUCGGCCCCAAUUCUUCGACAUGGCUUUCACCGGUGAUAAGAGGACCGCUGCCCCCAGGCCCAGGACCAGUCUGCCUGCUGUUGUAGAGGAAGCCCCUCGAAAUCGAUUUCCGUCUUGGUUCUCUCGCGCCAGUGUUCCUGCUCCCAACGCACCAGCAUCCUCAUCGACCCCAGUGGUUCCCGAAGCUCGACCACGCAGUGGCUCAUCGGCGUCCAAGAUUGCGGCUGCAGCUGCGCUGUCUCGAUUCAACAUCUUUGGCUCCAUAUCCACUCCUUCUACUCCUACCUCUCCCACUUACGGCGACGAGCUGAUGAAUCUCGACAUUGAAAAGGGACUCUUUCCCAAUGGAGCUCCUGUCGAAGGAAGCACAUUCUCGCCAUCCUCAUUUAAGAACCUACAGAUGAAUGCCACCGGACUGCUGAGCAAGUUCCAAGUGGCCUAUCAACAACGCACAACCGAAGUCCAGGAGCUCAAGGCUGAGCGUGAGACGGAGGUAUCCACCAUGAACGAUGCCGGGGAAAAGAUUCGACAGCUUGAGAAGAAGCUCGAUGAUCAGGCCCGGCAAGCUGCAGAGCGUGAUGCUUUUAUCGAGUAUCUGCUCAACCAGCUUGCUGAGCAAAAGGACCGCGCGGAUCUUGAGGCUGAGGCAAAUCGCGAAAAAGAGUUGGCACCCUCUGGAGCUUCCACUAUUUCCGAGGACCUGGGUAUCGACGAGGAUCGUCAAAGACGCUGGCGAAAGAGCACUUCGACCUCUUCUGACGAUGGUAGCGUGGAUGAAGCGAGUGUCUUCUCUCGAUCCCGGAGCCCGACCAUCUCUACCAGCAUCAUGUCAGCAGACAUCAGCCCGGUCACAACCCCCACAAUUCAGUAUAAGCCAGUCAUUGUUGAGCCUCCACGGGCCAACCGCAACAGCAGCGCUCAGAUGAACCCUAUUCAGAAGCUCUUCAAGGGAAUCACUAGUGAAGCGCCCAGAAAUACAGCCCCUGAGACCUGUCGCAAUUGCCAAGGGCAGGAGGCCAGUAUUGCUUGGGAUACAGUCAAUCUUCUCAAGGAUGAAAACAAGGGGCUCAAGCAAAGAGUUGAAGAGCUUGAGACAGCUGUUGAGGGCGCACUAGAUGUCGUCAAUGGCUUGGUGUUGUGA